UAACAAGAUAACCCUUUCGAUUGACCUUCGAAUAGCUUUUGUCUCGGGCCAGCGAGCGUGCGCUCGGAACCACAAGGAAACAACGUAGCCAACUCUCACUGAGUCGGGUCGAAAACAGCGCUGGCAUGUGAUCCCACCCGGAAGGCGUCCCACGAAAACAAUGUGAUCGGCAACAUCAGCACGUGUCACGGCUGGAUGAGCGCAACACAUAACGCCACGCCCACUCUUGCCGAGGAGGCUUUUAUUCCCGGACUCGCGGCUCCGCUCACUCGCUCCUGACAAUCCAUUCCCACUACUUAUAAGAAUCUCCACCAUGUCAGCGCUCACCCACCUGCUGGCAUGCCUUUUCGGCAUGGGGUCCUGGGUGGCCAUCAACGGUCUGUGGGUGGAGCUUCCCGUGAUCCUCUCCCAGAUUCCAGAGGGCUGGUACCUGCCGUCGUACCUCUCAGUUCUCAUCCAGAUGGCCAACGUUGGGCCGCUCUUCGUCACCCUGAUGCACCGUUUCAGACCGGGAGCCCUUAGCGAGACGGCGGUGAUUUACGUCAUCGUCUCCUUGGGUGCGGCGGCCACUUUCCUGUUGGGUUUCUUCUGGAAGGAGACGGUAGUUGUGGCAGGGGUGCCUCGCAGCGUGGCCUUGCUCAUCCUCGCCUUCUUCCUCGCCACGGUGGACUGCACCUCCUCGGUGACCUUCCUUCCCUUCAUGAUGCGCCUCAAGCCCCAGUACCUGACAACUUACUAUAUCGGCGAGGGCGUGAGCGGCCUCCUGCCGGCGCUCGUGGCGCUCGUCCAGGGCGUCGGCGUGGUCCACUGCAUAGACGACGCCUCCGACCAAAACGCAACAGACAGUUUACCCACGUUGCGGGCUCAAUGGCAGCCGGCUAACUUCUCAGCGGAGGUGUUCUUCUUCUUCCUGAGUGCCAUGAUGCUGCUGUGCCUGCUGGCCUUCCUUCUGCUCAACCAUCACCCCGCCGUUGCCAGGGAGAAGACCAAAACCCAGUACGCCAGUGAGGUCAAGGACAAGACCUGGGCGGCAAAGGGCGCCGCAACGGAGCCGCGCAGAGCCUCAAGACAGAAAAGUGGAUUUGGCCUCGGUACUUACAGCCGGAUGCAGGUGUUGUACAUCUUUGUAGUCCUGGCGUGGGCCAACGCUCUGACCAACGCGGUGCUUCCGUCGGUGCAGUCGUACUCUUGCAUACCGUACGGAAACACCGCCUACCACCUGUCUGCCACCAUGUCGGCGGCGGCCAACCCUCUGGCCUGCUUCGUUGCCACCUUUUUCCCUAUAAGAUCUUUGUGGCUGAUGGGGGCGCUCACAUUGGUGGGCAGCGGCGUGGGGGCUUUUAUAAUGAGCAUGGCUGCCCUGAGCCCGUGUCCUCUGCUCGUGAACGACACCUGGGGCGGCAUCGUCAUGGUGCUGGCGUGGAUCAUCUUCGUCCUCACUCUGUCCUACGUCAAGGUGAUCAUCGGUGUGAUCCUUCGCGACGAGGGCCAUAGCGCCCUCGUGUGGUGUGGGGCGGUGGUGCAGCUGGGCUCCCUGCUGGGCGCCAUCACCAUGUUCCCUAUGGUCAGCGUUUACAACCUUUUUGCAUCAGGCGACCCUUGCAACACCCGAUGUCCCUAA